UAUAGUAAUUUCAAAUAGAUGUAAACGAAUCAACUUAUUUUAAUUCGCCACACCUACAAGUGUAAAUAAAAAUAAUUUUUUGAAACCUCUUCCGUUAGGUUUCAAUGGCUGUCCGAGAUGGUCAUUGGCUCACAAAAAAUUGGCAAUUGUGAUUUAGAAAUCGUAUCCCGCAGAGGUUGGGAAGCAAAACCUCCAAAAUUAGUGGAACCAAUGCCAAAUCCUGUACCGUAUGUUAUAAUUCACCAUUCAUAUAUACCAGCAGCAUGUUACACAAAGCACGAAUGUAUUAGUGCAAUGCAAUCAAUGCAAGCAUUUCAUCAAGAUGAUCGUGGAUGGAACGAUAUAGGCUAUAGUUUUGGAGUUGGUAGCGAUGGGAAUGCAUAUGAAGGUCGAGGUUGGAGUGCUGUUGGAGCACAUGCACCAAAAUAUAAUAACCAAAGUAUUGGGAUAUGUGUGAUUGGAGAUUGGAGAGACGAUUUACCACCACCUGAACAAUUGAAGACUGUUAAGAAGCUAAUACAGUGUGGUGUAGAAAAUGGUUACAUCCGAAGUGAUUACAUAUUAAUGGGGCAUCGUCAAGUACGUGAUACAGAAUGUCCGGGUGAUGCGUUAUAUAAAGAAAUUCAAACAUGGCCACAUUAUUCACCAACACCAAAUCAAUCUAUAAUUGAAGAUCAUAAUAUUUUAACGUCAGAUUUUAAGCAUGUUUCGUCAUUCUGGCAUAUAAAUGAACGGUUUGUGUUUGAUACAAAAAUGUCAUCCAAGUUAUAUCUUUGCUUAUUUAUUGUAAUUAUAAACAAUAUUUUUGGAUAUAUCACAGAUUGAUGAUGUGGUUGUGAUGGCGAGCUAGAUUUUAUUAAGGUAGUUAAUUUAAUUUCUUCGCGUACAGCAGCAAAUACUUACCUACUAUAAAAAGCGUUCGCGUAUUUUAUUAAUUUAGCACCCAUUUUGUUAAUUUAGUAAAAUUAUUUUAAAAUACUUUUUCUGUAGAUAGUAAGAGGUAGAUAAUGCAUGUCAAAUUCCCAGAAAAGGACGCUUUUUUACAGCGGGCAUUUUCUGCUGUACAAGCUCAAUGUUUUAUCAAUUUUGUUCCUGUUUUAUUGUGAUCGUUAGAGCCUAGUAUUGUAGUAAAUAUAUUUAUUUUUAUAAAAAUAAAUUUAUUCUUUAUUUU